AGUCUCGAAACGAUCUUCUUGUCUGGCAUCCACCGAAACGGUGUUGGGCGAAAUUUUUUUUAGAAAAUUGAUUGUGUAGGACAAGGUGUACACACAAAAAGUUAUAACCGAAAAGCAAGACCUGUCUCAUGUGAUGUGAUUAUAAAUCGACCGUCGUAUUAUUAAUUAAUCGUUUCGGUUGCUGUAUAAGAGGUGUUUGUACAACGCACACAUACCGGUCGAAUUGUCGAUCUCCUGUUAGAUGAUGUAUGUGUCGUAAUCAUUCAGUAAUGGUGUUUAAAGGUGAUUUAAAUGGCUUGUUAUUAAUCAAUUUGGAUGGUUAACACAACAAAACGUAUAUAUACCGCAGGUGUUUUGAUAUUGUUUCGCCUCAUCCAAUAAGUAUUAUAUUAUAUGUACAUGUCAAUACACAGUGAAGGUGAAUGUGAUAUUAAACGCACAUAAAAAUCAAGGGAAACGAAAGUAAAAAUAAAGGAGAGGAAGGAAAAAAAAAGAAGUAAACGAGGAAGAGAAAUUGAGAAAGAAUUUUAUUUUUCCAAAUCUUUUCUUAUUGUUUUUCCCUAAAAUGGAAUUUGUGAUGUUUGUUUGAUUUUUUUUUUUUUUUAAACAACCAAGUGGAAAAUCUUUACAGUGCUUCUCAUCGGUCUCACCAACUCUCGUACUCAUCUCUGGGAUUUUUAUUUUUGAACAUGCAUAAAUAUGGAUAAGGAUACAAAUUGGAUAAUCAGCAAUUCAAAUAUGCAGGAAAACGCACGACGACGGUGCAUAACCAGAAGUUGUGGUUGAAUGCUUUACCAUUAACACACAGCAGAAGAACAACAGCAGCAAAACAAAAAAGAAACGCCACAGCUCAUCUACUCAACCACUGGAAUACAUUUUAUUUUUGAAACGCCAUAACCGAGCACACCCAACAACAAGAAAGAAAAAAAUUCCAUCGAUAAACGAAAACACAUUUACCAUCAUCAACAUUGAAACAAACAAAUGCAUUGGUAUACAACAUGCAAACCCCAGGAAAAACCGCAACGGCAAAAACAUCAAGAAACCCGACUCGAAAUUGCUGCUACGGAAUCCCGUUUUUAUUCAACCAAAGAAUACCCGACAAAAACUUACUAACUAACCGUACGGACAGUGCGACCACUUCGUGGAGAAGACGAAAUCUUAUAUGAAAAAGAAGCGAAAGAAAAAGAAUGAAUUUUCAUGGAAAAACCGUGUGUGUUGUAUAGAUGUGUGUGUUACAACUAUUCUAUAUAUCGAAUAGCGGACGAUGAAAGUUUUUUUUUUCGUUUUGAAACAUUUUUCCAUUGCUUUGGCUGAUACUGUGGGUACAUAUUAUAUAUAAAACGACCGACGUAGCGCAUAAAAAUAAAAGUAGCAGAAGACGAUACGAAGACAUCGCUUGUCAGAGGGGAUAUAAUUGAAGAAAAUUCAAUUUAGUUUUCGUUUUUUUUAAUUGAAUUUUAUAUUAUGUGAUUCUAAUCAAAAAUUCAAUGUUGAACGAAUGAGUUUUUGUGCUUAUUUCAUUGGGUCGCCGGUUCCCUUUUUAUAUUCGCUUUUUUAUUUUCGAGUAACGUACAGUUUUAAAUAGGUACCCACUGCUAGAGCGAACUGUUUUAAAAAUCGAUAAAUGGUAGAAUAACAAAAUAAGGAUAAUAAACGAAAGAAACGAAAGGAGAGAAAAGGAAACGACGAAAUUAUUGAAAAAAGAAGAAGUGUGGAUUAUAAACAAAGAUAAAAGUUUAAUAAAUUAAUCAAAAAAGGGAUAGGCAAAAUAGCGCCCUAGGGACAUAAGUUUGAAAAUUGAAUUAAUUAAAAGACAAUUUUGUGAUGAUGAUUGAGUUAGCAUCAUUAACAAUACGACGAACAAAAACACAAAUAUAAAACCGCAGUCCGAAUAACAAACAAACCAAUCCAUGAGAACAGCAACAGCAACAACAACAUCAUCAACUACUUUAACAUUUCCAACCACGAUUACAAUGAAGUGGUUUUAUGUUUUUCUAGUCCUAAUGAGUCUUGCAAUUAGAACGGUCUGUAGUUGUCCAUCUGAUGUUUGUGUUUGCAAAUGGAAGGGUGGCAAACAGACGGUAGAAUGUGGCGGUGGGUUUUUAACCAGUCUGCCGGAGGGUAUGGACCCCGGUACACAAGUGUUAAACUUUACGGGUAACAGUUUGCAAGUGCUGAAGAGUGAACGAUUCUAUAAAAUGGAUUUGACAAAUUUGCAAAAGAUUUAUUUGUGCCGCAAUCAGUUGAUACGAAUCCAUGACAAGGCGUUUCGCGGCUUAUCGAAUUUGGUCGAAUUGGACUUGUCCGAUAAUAUGCUGACAACGAUACCGACCGAAACGUUUCAAGACUACACAUCGCUGAUGCGACUGUCGUUGAGUGGUAAUCCGAUCAGAGAGCUGAAAACGAAUUCAUUUCGGUAUCUGUCGUUUCUGACUACACUGGAGCUGAGCAAUUGCCAAAUUGAUAAAAUUGAAAACGAAGCUUUCCUGGGCAUGGACAAUUUGGAAUGGCUUCGGCUGGAUGGUAAUCGUAUUGGAAGCAUCAGAGGUAAUAACAUUUUGCCGAAAUCACUUCACGGAAUUAACUUGCAUGGCAAUCGAUGGAAUUGCGACUGUAAAAUGAUCGAUAUGCAUGCUUGGUUAACAAGCUACAAUAUACCGCAACAGGUGGAAGAUCCCAAAUGUAUGUAUCCCAGUCGAUUGACUGGUGAAGUAAUCAAAUUUCUAAAGACUGACGAGCUAGCUUGCUUACCUGAAAUAACACCAACGACACUGUACAUUGAACUGACCGAGGGCAGAAACAUUUCUCUACUGUGUAAGAUAACAGCCAUUCCGGAGGCCACAAUUUCCUGGUGGUUUCAAGGACAAGUACUACAAAACGACUCAUUCGUUGCGCCGAACUUACACCUUUACUAUUACAUUGAAGAAGGUGUUGAGGACAAGCGCAGCGAGCUAUUCAUUUUUAACACCCGAGCGGAGGAUAAUGGAACAUUUUCCUGUGUAGCCGAAAAUUUGGCCGGGAAAACACAAACGAAUUACACAAUUCGGGUCAUACUGAAGGAAGAGCCAGUGCCUGAGCAAUUGACUUUUCCGUACGAAUACUUUUUGAUAAUCAUCGUCGGUGCGGGUGUGUCCGGUUUCAUGAUAGUUCUGCUAAUUUGUUGUCUUAUUAUAAAGUGCACCAGACGCGCCAAACGAUCGAACAGGCGAAAAGAGUCGUCGAAGGAUUCAACGAUUCAGCUACAAAACAGCAAAUGUUCGUCGAUCAUCAGCGACACUCACAUGCCAAUUCCGAUACUCAAAUCAAACGGCAGCAUAUCGAGUCAGCAGCAAGAUCUGAUGAUGUUUGUCAGUCAAAAUUCAAUGAAUCACACAAAUGAAGGUAUGCCAUCUUCGGCACAGUAUUGCAGCCCGUUAUCGGUUCGGAACUAUGGCGAACAGAAUCCAGACUUGAUAAACGAUGCCGAAAGUGUCAAGGCCAGAAUGAAAAGCGAACUUGACGAUGGUGCCAGCGAUCAUGGCUCUAAUGGACCAGGAAGUAUUCAGGGCAGUCAUGCCAGUUGUGAAAAUGGAUAUCAUCCGGUUCAACCGCUUAUGCCACAAGUCAUAAGAGACACACCGCCUAGGUUUAAUCCGUUAUCAACGAUUCCACGCGGAAUCAUAAAGGACAUGUAUCAGCACCAGGUGGACGUUCAUCUCAAUCCCGGCUGUUUUCUGGGCCAAGAUGGAUAUCCAAUGGAUUACCGGUUACAUGGAAUGCCAAUAAUGCCGCACGUUAUGCAACAAUCAAACAAUCAAGUGAACUACUACCGAACGUUACCGCAUAAGCCAAAGAAUCAAUCAAUCGCCAAUCCAGGAAUGCGAUAUUCAAUGGAAGCAGAAUUCUUAUCACGAACACCUCCGCCAGUCUUUGAUGGUUACGCAAUGCGUGAUAUGCGGUAUACAGCCGAAGGCUAUCCAAAAGCAGCGAAACAAGUCGCAUUCGCCGAUCAACAAUUUCCAUCACCUCCAGAAGGUUACAAAGCCGACGGUAAUAUGUCACAACCGUUGAUCGUAAACACAUCCAAUCAACAGUUCACCAACAAUCAAUGGCCUCAAUGUUUACCCGGUUACCAUUCGCAAAUCGUUCCGAUCAAAACACAGGUCAACGAUGGCCAGCGAUCGGUUCGCAGCGGUUUAAUGUCGCCGAAUUCGUCAAACAGCACACCGUCGGCGGGUAACAGUAUGUCUGUGACGAAACGGUGUGUCGGUGCCCAAACUUCGGAUCCACAGGAAACAAUACCCGAACAGCAGGAAGACGACGAAGAUGACGAAGAGACGAGCACUGGUGAUAAUGGUGAAGUUAAGUUAAAACAUUUGUCAGGACCUUUGGCUGACAGUCCCGAUGAGGGGUACGUAGGUGAUAGCCAAGAAGGAUCCGACAUAUGACAUAAAGCCAAUGAGGGAAAAUGUAGUGCUGGUGAUAGAUUAAUUAGUUGUAAUAAAAUUAACGACAAUUUGGCCGAUGACUCGGUGGCACUUUAGUCGAACAAGACAUUACAUGUGAAUAGUGCAUUAAGGUAACUAAUAAGGGGAAAAAAUUCUAUAUUUUUCUGUCUCAACUACACAGUGGUGAUGUCGUUACGAGAUCAAAUGUUUAAUGGCGAACGGUAAAAUCCAUUUCGGUUGGUGAGUGUUAUGAAAUUGCGAACCUUUAGCCUCGAUUUUUAUUUUCUAUGUAAAAUUCCAACAUUGAAUUUCCAUGACAAUAUAAAUCUAACGACGACGGACUUCCCACAUAUUUUAUUUUUGUAAGUCAUCCUAAAUCAACUUUCUUUUUCACCAACUUUUGUGUCCACAUAACUCUGGUUGAACUUUUUCUCGCUGAAAGUAUAAUUUUCUUGCGAAAAACACCAUUUUUCGCACCUACGCCAACACCAUUAAUACUUUCCACAGACUCUUGUCUGAUUAUGAAUAUCUUAAAAAUAAUUGCAAUUGACGUCACACGCGAAAAAGAAAGAAAAUGCAAAGCGUAAAAUGGAAAAAAUGAUUUUUCGCGCGCGGCCAAAUUUUCUACUUAACAAAACGAAGAAAAUAUUCUCGUCAUUCCUCGUCUUUUGUGGUUUGGUCUGAAACUUUGCCGUUCCUUCCACAAAAAAAAGGAUUAUACGCCAACACAUCACCCCGAAAAAAAACGUAAAAUAAAAUUAAAAGACAUCUUCCACGAUCAUUCGAGAAACAAGCUCGUUCAAUCAAAACUUUUUAUUUACUUCGAGCUUCAACAUAUAAACCAAAACAUCAAAAAUGCGAAAUCUGUUUAAGAACCAAGUAAAAUGAAAGACGAAAAAAAAAAUAUGUGUGAGCGACAAAUGACUCUUUUCGCGAUAAUAAUAACUUUUAAGGAAAAGAAAAAUAACAUGAAAUUAAAAACAACGAGCCAACAUGGACUGGGAAAUGGAACGAACAACGUCGAUACAUUAAAAAAUAUUAUGUGGAACAUUUCGGACGGGCAAGAAAUUGUGUGUGUGUGUAUAAAACGAAUACGGAACAACAUAAAAAAUUGUGCAAUCGUUUAAUUGAAGAAAUGUGUUUUUAAUUUUGACAAAACAAAACAGCGAGUCAAAGAAGAGGGAAAAAAAACUUUUUCAUUUCCACUUUAUAUAACCUACCUAAAAUACGUUCUAGUCAAAAAUGUAUAGCGAGAAUUUUAUGUGCUCAAGCAAAUUGAGUGAAUUUCCGUUUUAUAGACAAAAAAUAUAAAGAAAAAAAAAGUUUUCUUCGGAAAAUCUUUUCUGUGGAAAAGCGCAAAAACAACAAGACUGUUCAUUUUCUCACAUUGAAUUUUUUUUUCUUCCUUCUAUAUUCCAGAGUUGUACACACAGAGCGAAAUUUAUACGCGGUUGUGUGUUUCUGUGUAUUAAAACCGGAGGUCUUACAGCGAACAUUUUUUUUUUUUAUAUAAUUUAAAUUCAGCAUAUUCUCAUGGAUUUUCGGUUUAUUUAUUUUUGGGGUGAAAGAAAAGUGCUUAGCUAAAGAAAUGCCAACGACAUAACAAAAAAAAGAAGAAAAAAAAACUGAAAAUUGUAAGAACAAACUUAUUUUCUAUAAUUGUGUAAUGUUACGUGUUACGUAUAUAAACGGGGCUGAACGAAUGACUGUUUGAAGAAAGUGACUCUUUACGAUGAUGAUGAUGUUUCAUUAAAUGUGUGUGGGUGUGUAAAUAAAGUCUGUUAUUUGGACAAACAAACUCAGACCGAAAACUUUUCCAAAACAAUCAUCUUGAAAAGUUUACAAAAAAAUAUAAAUAAAUCUAAUGGGCAGUCAAAACCGCCGCAUAACUUUCAUAGAAAGGGGGUAUCUGUACUUUGAAUUAAAAAGAAAAAAUUGUAAACAACAAUUUUUAAACUUAGUCAAGGAAAAUUUUGAAGAA